CGGCUCGCCUGUUCCAACUUCACCCAGUUAUAAAACGCCGUCGCCGGGCCGCCCGGUCGUGAACGUUACAGUUUAACGGAGGUUUGUCCGCGGCUACUUCCUGGUGCCACAGAGAGAGGCAGUGCUGAGUUAAAGAGACAGAAACACUGGUGGAAAUUCAGACAGAAAAAAAAGCCACCGAGAGAGGAGAGGGGCUGGAGACGUGAUAGGAACAGUUGACCGGAUUCCCAGAAAUUGAAAUCCCCCCCUCUCACUCUCUCUGUCUCUCUCUCCCUCUCUCUCUCUUUUUUUUCUUUCUGUUCUUAUUUAUGUAUAUAUUUUAAACAUUUCCUCGGUGAAUCGAGCGGUUGUUGUUCGUCGGCGCGGAUGACGGUCUGCUGCGGCUGAAGCGGGAUCGUAACGGGGGAACAUAUUCCUCCCUCCGACGGACGGACGGACGGAGAGAAGCCUCGCAGAGAUUUAUUAUUACCAUUAUCAUCGCUAUUUUCACAGCACACUCCUCGUCGGUGCGGCUGCUAUUAUUUUUUAAACCCCAUCCUCCUCGGCUGCCAUUUUUGUUCCUUCUCUUUACAACGAUAUUAUUUUUAACGGCUCCGCUCGGAAGGGUUGAGGGUGACGGAAGAUGGGUUGUUUGGGCAACAGCAAGACUGAAGACCAACGCAUCGACGAAAAGGCACAACGAGAAGCUAAUAAAAAGAUAGAAAAGCAGCUACAGAAGGAGAGGCAGGCGUAUAAAGCGACACACAGGCUCUUACUGCUGGGUGCGGGAGAGUCCGGAAAAAGCACCAUUGUGAAGCAGAUGAGGAUUCUACACGUCAACGGCUUCAACGCUGAAGAAAAGAAACAGAAAAUACAGGACAUUCGGAAAAACGUGAAGGAUGCCAUAGUGACUAUAGUGUCUGCGAUGAGCACUUUAAUACCCCCAGUCCCAAUAGCCAACCCAGAGAACCAGUUUAGGAUCGAAUACAUCAAAAGCAUAGCACCACUCUCAGACUUUGACUAUCCACAGGAGUUCUUCGAUCACGCAAAGAAGCUGUGGGAUGACGAAGGAGUGAAGGCAUGCUUCGAGAGAUCCAACGAAUACCAGCUCAUCGACUGCGCACAAUAUUUCUUGGACAGAAUUGACUCAGUAAGACAGAGCGACUACACGCCUACAGACCAGGAUCUUCUACGCUGCCGAGUGUUAACUUCAGGGAUUUUUGAGACGAGGUUCCAAGUAGACAAAGUCAACUUUCACAUGUUUGAUGUCGGCGGUCAGAGAGAUGAAAGGAGAAAAUGGAUCCAGUGCUUUAACGACGUCACUGCUAUCAUCUUCGUGGUGGCCAGCAGCAGCUACAACAUGGUAAUAAGGGAAGACAACAACACCAACAGGCUACGGGAAGCACUCGACCUUUUCCGCAGUAUUUGGAAUAACAGAUGGUUACGCACUAUAUCCGUCAUUUUAUUCCUGAACAAGCAGGACAUGCUGGCUGAGAAAGUAUUAGCCGGAAAGUCCAAAAUUGAGGACUAUUUCCCCGAAUACUCUCGCUACACCAUACCAAAUGAAGCAACUCCUGAACCAGGCGAAGACCCCAGAGUGACGCGAGCCAAAUUCUUCAUCCGUGACGAGUUCCUUCGGAUCAGCACUGCGAGCGGCGACGGCAGACAUUACUGCUACCCACACUUCACCUGCGCCGUGGACACGGAGAAUAUCCGGCGGGUGUUCAACGACUGCCGGGACAUCAUCCAGAGAAUGCACCUGCGGCAGUACGAACUGUUGUGAUGGACGGCAGAGACGCGUCCCUUUCUCUCUCUCUCUCUGUUUCUGUCUCUCUCUCUCUGUUGGCCCCUCUGUGUUUCCUCUCUGCCACUCUGCAUCCUUGACGAACCCUUUCUAUUCCCCAGAGACCCUCAGAUUCCCCCUCCUGUCGAGGAAUAUGAAGUACUACUGAAGUGUGUCAAAUCCUCUUCAUCUUCUCAACUUUUUUGUACUUUUUUUCUUGAUUUAUCCCCUUUAAUCCGAUGAUGUUAUUGGAAGUUUGGGGAACAAAGUUGUCACGUGCUGCUUCUUGAAUAUUUUUCUUUGAAUCCUUUUUUUUUUUUUUCAAACGCCUUCAUUUUUGUCAUUCCACUAAGCCUCAGGCUACCUCCUGAUUUGAUUUUUGAUUUUUUUUUUGCCCCGAUUAUUGUUUUUUUGGGACCUGCUUUGGUAAAGAGUGUGGAAAUAAAAAAAAAGAAAAGAAAAAACACACACACACCGACAGGACCUCAGUGUAGAGGCAGGAAUGAACCGCCACCGUAACUUCACCGCCGCCGCCUCCUCCAUCAUUUGACGGAGAGAGGAACCAUUUCCUUUAAAAAUUCUUCUUUUUAUUGUUUAUUUUAUUUCUCCAGAGGAAACAUACACACAAUGUAGCAUCAUAAUAUUUAUUACCCGCCCUGUCACGAUGUUGGCUUGCCGAGAGACUUGUGGAGCGAGAGAUGAGAUUAAAAAGGAAGGGAAAGAAGGGCAGGAAAUAACGUGAUGACGACUGAGCUCUCUGCACCUUAGCCCUGCUGCCUCCACAGACUCGAACCGGCGUCCUUUUUCUGGUUUUAUUGUUUUUUGUUUUUUUUUCCACCCUUUAUAGCUUAGAGAUACCCAAGAGGAGGAGGGCGGGAGGGGAAAAAAUGUAUUUGUUGGUUUUUUUUUUGUUAACUUGUACACUGUGCAAGGUCGAAUUAUCCUGUACAGACUGUAAAAUGUAAUAUUAUUUUGUACAACUUAAUUGAAAGAAAAACAAAUCUACUUGUAGAUCUUUGUGCCUUGAUUAUGGCUGUACCUGUAAAUGAGCUCAGAUGUAAGUAUGUUUUCGACUGCGCUGUACAGCUUGAUGUCAAAAACUCUUAUCGGCAGCGAAGAGACUGCGGGUAGGGGACUUUCUCUGUAGAGUUUAGUUUUUUCUGGUUUAUAAAAAUAAAGGAAAUGCUGUUUAGUAAAAAACGGGGGAGAAAAAGAAAAAGAAAAAAAUAUUGACAAAAAAAAAUCCUAAAAACCUGUAUACAUUAUGCAAAUUAACCACUUACCUGCAGUGAAGACCAGAUGUUGCAGCGCCAUGCCUUUUUUUUUCUUUUUUUCUCGUUGUUUUAGUUUUGCUUUUGUUUUUUCUCCUUAUAUAUAUAAAUAUAUAUAAAUAUAUUUUUUGAAUUUUACAGCUUUAAACAAACAUUGGAAAAUCCAUUGAAAGUGUCCAAAUUGCAACCUGGUGUUGUUUUAAUAGGAACCAACUUACUUUUUGUUUUUUGUUUUAGUUUUUCGAGAUGAAGUGUGUGAGAUCUGUGCUGAUGUGCGUGCCUGUGCGCAUGUGUACAUAAGAGAAACAUAGACUCACAGACACAUCGUGUGCGUAUGCGAGGCCGAGUGCGUGUCGUGCGUGUAAAAUUUUAUAAAUGUAUGUACAUGUAAAUUUAUAGGUCUAUAUAAAUAUAUAUGUACAAUUAUACAUGUUUAAUUAUGUGUGUGCCUAGGUGUACAUACCUAUGUAUGUAUACGGUAAAUAUGUAUACAUACACACAUAGGAAAGCAUGUUUAGGAUGAAGAUGAAUAAAUGAGAGCGUGCAAUAUUAGUAAUUCUUUGGUCCUUUGGAGCCAUACUUUAAUGGCACAGGCACUAUGAAUGUGUGAGCAGCACCCAACAAGAUGAGCUCUUUUCCUUGUACAAACAGCAUCAGCCUUUUUUUCUUCUGCUACCGUACACGUCUAUCCCCGAAAGAGAGUGAACUGACUGGAGGUGCGAAAAGCCUUGUUUGGGCCUUGGGAGGAUGAUUAAAUGACGUUUUUAUUUUCUUUAAAUAAAGAGGCACAUUAGAGGACUUUGCUUUAUUUCCA